AUGGGGGCAGAGCCACACCAUCCCCGAAGCUUAAUCAACAAAAUCUACGCUCCAAUCGCAAACGAAUUUCCCUUUGCAACUCCUCUUCCUUCCCUCCGAACAAACGAACUCGAACUCGUGCGGUGCGUUUUACGAAUGCUGCAAGGGUUUUCCUCUUCCUUAUUCUCAUGGGAUAACAGUGAAAACCGUUUCCGAAUCAAUAGUGGAGUCUACGUGACGCAUUUGUCAUUCAAGAGUCUACAUUCACUCCUCAAUCAGUUUAUUCACGCCGCAACGUGUCUUCAACUCGUGGAGAUUACUAUCAGAAGAAUUGAAACUGCUCUGCCGAGACCUACUCCCACUUUGAAAGCGUUUGUUACUUCUGCUUCAGCGUGGCUUAAGCGGUUACGGAAUGUUGCGUUGAAGGAGGAAGUAUCUACAAGCAAUGCAGAUGGCUUAUCCACUCCAACUUUGCUAGGGUUCAAAAAUUCUUUAUCAAGUCUUUGCUCGGGUGCUGAGUUCCUAUUGCUAUUAGUUCAUGAGGCCAUCCCUGAUGUAUAUUUUGAGUUUGGGGCAUCUGUACCUGCAGCUGACUUGGCUGUUCACAUUCUUGACUAUCUUCAUAAGAAGCUUGAGGAAAUGUGUCUUGUACAAGGUGGUGAGGAGGAAGCUUAUCUCAUGGGGCUUUACAUGUAUGUGGGAAGCUUGUUGCCAUAUAUCGAGGGUCUUGAUUCUUGGCUUUUUGACGGAAUACUUGAUGAUCCUUAUGAUGAGAUGUUCUUUUUUGCUAAUAAAGAAGUCUCUGUUGCUGAGGCUGAGUUCUGGGAGAAGAGUUAUCUAAUAAAAAAGCUACAACAUGGUAAGUUAGAUACCGAGUUGUCCUCUACAAAUUAUGCCGGUGAUUCCAUGUCAGCAUCAAACGCGAAGAAAGAAGCGGGCAUGAGGGGUUCCAUCUCUUUGUCUAGUACAAUUAAAGGAAAAGGGCAAAGCAUUAGAGACUGUCCAGCUUGUCCUUUGUUUAUUAAGGAAUUAGCUAAGUCAAUUGUUUCUGCGGGAAAGUCUUUGCAGCUGAUGCGCCAUGUCCCAAAUUCCUUAGCAGUAUGUAGCAAAGGAAGUAGUUGUAAGUUUGGAAGUACCAAAUCAUUAAACUAUGGGUUGUCUCCUUCUCAUAGAGUGGCUGGGCUAACACUGUCAGAAAUUUUUUCUGUAUCACUAGCUGGACUUAUUGGCCAUGGUGACCAUGUUUGUAAAUACUUUUGUCUAGAUGUUUGGCACGAAUCUGUUUCUGUUUCCUCCUUUUUAUCUUAUUUAAAUUCAGAUGCGAAAAAAUCAGACAAUGAAAACUUAACUGCUCCACCAUACUCGGAGAAGAUUUGGUAUAAGUUUUUGAUUGAUACAUUAUUUAAAAAAGGAUCAGCUGAUUUGAAGCCAAAAUAUGAAGACAUAAAUAAUGGCAAUGGAGAUUCAGCAGGGGAUAAAGUUGUUAAAGACGAUUUGUUUCUCUUGAGAUCAUGCUUACAAAAUCCAGUAGUCACGGUUUGUCGAAAAACAAUUGGAAACAAUGGGGAUGCCUUGAAAACAUUGAAUUUAUCUCAAAAAUUCUGCUUGCCUUCUUUAAACGAUGAGGAUUUAAGAAAGGCUAUAUUUGGUGGAGAAAGCACAUCGUUUUCCGAUAGUGAAGGAACAAAUUAUACUUUUGGUUUUCAGUAUGAUGAAUCCAAAUACACUCACUCACAAGAUAAGAGAAAGCUGUUAGAAAUGCUGUUUCCUUUUCCUACCAUAUUGCCUUCAGUUCAGGAUGAUCUUCCUGUGUCAGAGCUCUUGCCUUUUCAGAGAAACAGCAGUCUUCCUUCAAGAGUUCUUCAAUGGGUGCAAAAUGUGGACCUAAGAACAACUCCACUACCUCUGGUUAUUAUGCAGUACUGUCUAACUGCCUACAUUCAGAAACAGGUAGAUUAUAUUGGAGUGAAUAUGUUGUUAAAGUUGAUGAAUGAAUGGAGGUUGAUGGACGAGCUUGCAGUGUUGCGAGCUAUAUACUUGUUAGGUUCAGGUGAUUUGCUACAACACUUUUCAACUGUAAUUUUUGAUAAGUUGGAUAAACGUGAAACAUGGGAUGAUGACUUUGAAUUAAACACGAUAUUACAGGAAUCAAUCAGAAAUUCUGCUGAUUGUAUGCUGUUAAGUGCUCCUGAUUCAUUGGUGGUGUCGAUAAACAAAAAUAUUGUUGAGGGUGAUGAGGAAGCUAGUAUACCUGGUUCUGUUUUGGGUACUCCUCGUAAAAGUCAUGUCAAUAGCUUCGGGAUUAACGGCCUUGAUAUGCUAAAGUUCACAUAUAAGGUACCUUGGCCUCUUGAACUCAUUGCAAACACAGAGGCAAUAAAGAAGUACAACCAGGUUAUGCGGUUUUUGCUGAAGGUCAAGCGUGCAAAAUGUGUUUUAGAUAAAGUGCGGAGAUGGAUGUGGAAGGGUAGGGGAUCUACAACAAAUAACAGAAAGCGUCAUUGGCUAGUGGAGCAGAAACUCCUUCAUUUUGUGGAUGCUUUUCACCAAUAUGUGAUGGACCGGGUAUAUCACAGUGCAUGGCGUGAACUAUGUGAAGGUAUGGCUUUGGCCAAAUCUCUGGAUGAGGUCAUUGAUGCCCAUGAGGCCUACAUUUUGUCAAUUCAGCGGCAGUGCUUUGUGGUUCCUGAUAAACUGGGGGCUUUGAUUGCCAGUCGCGUUAAUAUCAUUCUUGGUUUAGCUUUAGACUUCCAUACCAUACAACAAACAUUAAAAAGCGGCGGAACUGUUUCUGCAAUCAAGGCAAGGUGUGAGAUGGAAGUCGACCGAAUAGAGAAACAGUUUGAUGAUUGCAUUGCUUUCCUACUUAGGGUUUUAUCGUUCAAACUAAAUGUAGGGCAUUUCCCUCAUUUGGCUGAUUUAGUCACUAGAAUUAACUACAACUAUUUCUACAUGUCUGCUAAUGGGAAUUUAAUGACCACUUCUGGCCCUGGAAGUAUUACUUCUAGAUUGGGGAAAGCCACUGGGUAA